AUGCCUGCAGUAAAAGCUCACAUAAAAGAAAAAAUCUGUUAAGAUUUCUAUCAAUAGAUAAUUUUGUUACUCUCAAUCCUGUCUAAAAUUGAAUAAACAGAGAUUUAAUUAAAUCAUUUCAAGUUUUUUUUAAAAGCCUAAAGGUAUUGUUUAUGGGGAAGCAAAUAUCAUUCAUAUGAUUCUAUUGCAAAUAGAGAGCUUAAACUGGAUUAAUGCAAAUGUAAACCUCAUUACUUUGAAAUGGAAGUUUAGGAAAGCAUGAGUUAUUAUCAGAUUUAUGUUUGGUUUGCAGUGCCUUCUGUUAUAGUUUAAAAAUAAACAAAUUUCAUAAGUGUACUUCUGGUAAUGAUGAUAGAUAUAAGUAUAGAAUUUUUGUACUUGUAAAUGUACCGCUAAAAUUUUUGAUGGUGUUUAAGAGUAUUGCUUUUGUAAAAAUUAUUAAAAGAUACAUUUGACUUUAACAGCUUAGUUAAAUGUUAAUGUAUUAAAUUCAAUCAUCAUCAGAAUGCCAUUAUUCUUGCUGAUCUUGUGAGGUAUCAAAGAAGCAGAUUGCCUUACUUUUAUGGAAAUGAAAAUAGAUAUUAAGUAGGAAAUAAUUGUGUCUGUAAAAUGGAUAUUUCGAUACAUGUUUAAAGUAAUAAUAAAUUUUAUUUAAAAUAUUGUAAGUAGUAGUUUGACAGCCGUACUUCAAGCCAAAAUAAUACCUUUAGAAUAUUAGUUUCUAGUUUAAAUAAAUGCUAUUAUAUUUAAAGGUAUUGUGAUAAAGGGUAAAAUGAAAUUUGUCAAAGUAUCUAUUACAAAAAUGAUUUAUAGAAUUCCAUUAUUCAUGCGUUAGAUGCAACGAUAUUUUAACUAAAUGUGAGAUUUGUUCUAUUGAAUCAAAUAGAAGUUAUUAUGAAAAACCUUUCACAUGUGAUUGCAACAUAGGAUAUUAUUAUUCUGGUAUUGAAAAUUGCUAAAAAUGUUGCUAUUCCUGUUAAAACUGCAGUUUAGGAGGUUCUAAUUUUUGUUUCAUGUGUAGAUUCAAAAAUAUUCAAUAGAGCCAUCCAUAAUAAUACUUGUAAGUGUUUAUUCGGAUAAUGGCCAAUCAGUUGAGUGUGAAAAGUGUGAUAUUUAAUGUCUAAGCUGUAUAGAUUAAUAUUACUAGUACUAAUCAUGUCCUUAAACUAGAAAAAUAUAAAAUAAUUGCAAAUGUGCUGGAUAUUAUGAUGUAAGCUAGUAACGUUGCUUAAAAUGUAAUGACAAUCAACUAAUAAUUGUACUUCUUGUGGAUAAUUACAAUAUCUGAAAUAUAUUACUUGUAUUUGUACAGAUGGAAUGUUUGA